UUUCUCUAAUAAACGGCUGUGUGUGUUUUCUUAACGCUGCCUGCUGCCGUCUGUCUGUUGCGCCUUAAAUUUUAGUUUGUUUUAUUUGAUUUUAAUAUUGUACUAUUUUUUUCUGUUGUCGUCGUGUUUUUUCUUUAAUUAAUUUCUUGCUUCAGUCGUCAUCAUAUUAUAACAGCUGUUUAAUAAAAGACAAAAUCAUUAAAAAAAUAAGAAAUUGAAAAAAAAGCAUUUUCAACAUUUAAAUUUAUGUGAUAUUGACAACCAAAAACAACAACGUCAAAAAGCAACAACUCUACUUUCCUCGCGAUUACGAUUAAUUUUUUUUAUUAUUGUUGUUGUUGUUAUAAUAUUUAUUUUUACUACGGUUAAGCUUUCACGUUUUAAUAUCUAACAAAUUCGUCGAGUAUAUCAGAAACACGCCCGUUUGUUGUUACAAAACGUUAUUAUUGUAGAAAAAAAAAUACGUUUUACAAAACAUACUACUACUACGUAUUCCAUACCACAACAACAACAGCAACAACUGCUGAUAUACGUACAAUAACAACAUUCAUUGUAUUGUUGUUGUUAUUUUCUGUUCCACAUUGUGCAUUACAUUAUUGCUUACGAUCAUUGAAAAAUAAAAGAAGUGAAAUAAAAAAAAAGAAAAAAAAUAAAGAAAAAAAACAACAAAUAAUAAAAAAAGACAAACAAACAAAAACAACGUACUUAUUUACUACAUACCUACAACUUGUAUUUACAUUUGGUUUACGCUUGUAUAUACAUUAUAUGUGUUUGUGAGUGAAUAUGUAACCAUCACGUACAUAGAAAAAAAGAGAGAAAUUUUUAUUUUUAUAAUUUUUCACAAAAAAAAAGAAAACAAGAAAAAGAGAGUAAAACGAGCAAAAUGAAAUGAAAAAUGAAAGUGUUGAAAUUAUGAUAAAUUAAUGAGAUAAAACGUAAAAUAAAAGUUAUGAAUUUAUGAAAUUUUUAAAUUGGAUUAAUCAUCAUCUUCUUCAUCAUUAGCAUCUUUAACAAGAUUUCAAAAACACUGAAACUAAAUUAUCUAAAUCAAGUGUUUCGGACUUAAAAAACAUUUUUAUUGAACAACAUCAAGAUGUUCAAUAAAAUGUGUUGAAACAAAAACCUUUUAGCAACAGAUACGGCUGCUAUGGAUCCAAUUUUUUACUCCCCAUCAAAUGGCAUACCUUCUGAAAGUAAACUAGCAACUUAUAUGAAUCGACAAAAUGUUGCAACACCAACUUACGGUAUAAAUGCGGGAUUUUCUUUACUUAAUAUGGACUCACCAUUGUCGAUUAAGAAGUCUCAGGUAACACCACAAUCGCCCGAAUUCAUUCCAACUCGUAUCAGUUCAUCACCCAAUUUCUAUUCGCCAUAUCAUACUCCAAUGUUAAAUGGUGUAACGUCUGUUGGUAAUAACGUAGUUAAUGGUCUAACGCCCACAAGUACAGCAGCUAAAUCGGUUAAUGGUACACCCUCUAUGUUGGGUCUGCAGAAAGCAACAGCCGCUGCCGUGGCACAACAAAAGCAAUUACAACAACAAAAACAUAAUAGCCACGUUAACGGCGGCACUAAACAAAUCGGACAAACGAGUGCCAAUCAAGGAGGAUACGUAGGCAUGACAACGACACCAUUAAAAGGUGGACGCAAUAGUUUGCUGCGCAACGAAUCACCCUCGAGUAUAGGUGAGAAAUCACCGCCACGUAUGACACCGCACGCAUCGCCCAUACCCACCACAUUACCAGCCAAUGUACAUCAGGAAAAUGUUGGCGGCACCAUUUACUUUUAUCCAACUGCCAAUCAUACGACCAGCCAGAAUAGCAACACCGUCGGUGUACCCAGCGGCGUUGUCGAUCCAACGUCCGCCCAUCAUGCCGGUCCCACAGGUGUGGGCGUGGGUGUUAUGGCACCCAUAACACCCGUCCAACCAUCGCUCAUGUAUACGGGUCAUGUGUAUCCGGGUCCUGCCUCAAAUGUCAUAACAAUGCAACCGAAAACACAACUGGAAUCGGCAUUCUUUUUACCCGACGAAAUGCGCGCUGAAAUUUUGUCGCGUAAUGUGAUCUCGAAUUUAAUGUUAGAUGCCAGCGAAGCAGCACAACACGCCCUACCAAUGGAAAUUGAUAAUUAUCAUACGUUGUAUCCGUUGGAAGCGUUACCCGUACAGCCGUUGCACGCCAAGUUAACUCUGCCCUCUUCCACCUAUAAGGCAACACACAGUACAACUGGUAUCAAGUAUUGUCUGAGAAGGUUACAUGGUUUCCGUUUACAGUCGACAAAAUGUAUGUCAGUCGUUGAAAUGUGGAAAAAGUUGCAACAUUCAAAUGUGGUACAAUUACGUGAAGUCUUCACAACAAAAGCAUUUGGUGAUAAUUCAUUAGUAUUAGUUUACGACUAUCAUCCAAACUCACAUACAUUAUUAGCGAAAUAUUUUACACCAACGCCAGAUAGCAAUGGCUAUAAUGAUCCAUUCCAGGGCGAGGCACGCCCCUUCAGUCAUAAGAGCAAUUUACAACGUUCAAGCAAUGGUCCUCUUUUACCCGAGGCAACAAUUUGGUCAAUAAUUAUGCAAUUAACAGCUGGUUUACGUGCAAUUCAUCAAGCUGGUUUAGCCUGCAAAGUUUUAGAUCCAACAAAAAUAAUUGUAACCGGUAAACGUGUACGUUUUAGUUUUUGUGGCACAAGUGAUAUCGCACAGUUUGAUCCAAAUGCUGCAAAUCCUUUAGCUGUUGUUAGUAUGCAUCAACAGGAGGAUUUGACAGCAUUGGGUCGUUUAGUAUUAGCAUUGGCUUGCAGAUGUUUACAGUCGGUACAGCGUGAUAAUGUACAAUCAAGCAUUGAAAUGGUCUCACGUCAUUACUCCUCCGAUUUGAGAAAUUUUAUUGUUUACUUAUUUACAACGACACAACGACGUUCGGUGACUGAUUUAAUGCCAAUGAUUGGUGCACGUUUUUAUACACAAUUGGAUGCCUUGCAAGCACAAUGUGAUAUGCAAGAGGAUGAACUUGCUAAAGAAAUGGAAAAUGGACGUCUUUAUAGAAUAUUGGUGAAAUUAAAUUGUAUUAACGAGAGGCCAGACUUUAAUUUGGAUUGUACUUGGUCUGAAAUUGGUGAUAGAUAUAUGUUAAAAUUAUUCCGUGAUUAUUUAUUUCAUUCCGUCACUGAGGAUGGUCGACCAUGGUUGGAUCACGCACAUAUUGUACAAUGUUUAAAUAAAUUAGAUGCUGGCUCAUUAGAAAGAGUUCAACUAAUGUCACGCGAUGAGCAAUCGGUUCUUAUUGUUACUUAUGCUGAGCUCAAGAAUUGCCUGGAAAAAGCAUUUUCCGAAUUGAUGGCCAAUGCUGCCACAUAAUAAUAGACUAUCAUAUUUUUAUCACUACUCUCUUCUAAUUUUCUACACAUCAACUACAACAACUUACCCUUCCCCAACGAAAAUGUUACCAUUCUGAAAACAAAAAGAAAAAAAUCUUAAAUUUCUUUAUUAAUUAAGGUAAAAUGUUUUAUUUCAAAAAAAAAAAAAGAAAAAGAAACUACAAAAUGAAUUGUUUCCCCAGCAUGACAAGUUCAUUUCAAAGAAAAGGCAAGAUUUGAAAAGAAGAAAAAAACGAAACGAAAUUAAUUAAAAUAAAUUAUAUAUAAAAAAAAAUUUAAGAAAAAAACACAAAAAAAUAGUAA